UAAUAACACUGUAAGAGUUAUAACAGUUAAAAAUACCUAACAUGGGAUAAAACAAAUUCAGAUACACCAUCAACUAAAAUCACAUCAUGGUUAAAACCUCCAUACAUUUUGUACAGAGGAGACUAUUGGAAUUUUGGUGAAAAGUUACCACGAAGAUGGGAAGAACUCAUAUAAAACCUGCCAUGGAGCAAGUGACCAUUGUGUGAAAGCAUCGCUAAGUGUAAGUUCACAUGUGCUCAUCAGGGGUCACAGGUUGCUAAAGAGAAGACUGCUCCUUGAAGGAAGAUGGGCUUGGCUGUGCAGGUUGUAGCCCAGGACAAUCUCUGUGAAGCUGAAGCAGAAUUUUAAAUGUUGGGAAGGAGACAGGGUUUGGAAGAGGGAAGAAUGAGGGAGCACCAGAGAGUGCACAGCAUGGGUGCAGGGCACUAACUUUGAGACCCCUUAGGGGCAGAAUAACCCCAAAGGGGUUCUGAGAAAAAGAAUUACUGAGGGAUUAUAACUAUCUUACCAUGGGCAGGUUGCUCCUGUCUCCCUUUCCCCCAUGCUUUUUGGCUUUGGCUCAGGCUACUCUGUUCUCUAAUGGUUGCUGGUAAAUGGAGAUGCUUCUGAAGAAAUGGGGAAUGGGGUCAGUUUCUGUUCGGUGGCCUCUUUUUCUUUAUUUUUAUGCAGAUUAUUAACAACACUGAGUGUGUGGGGACAGAGUAGAACCGGAGGGUGCAACUCCCUGGGCCUGUCUGACACUGUGAGAUUUUGUGGUGCUCAGAGGGGCUCGCCAAGCUGGGAACGGGUCUUAGGCAGUAGCUAGGCUACAGGUAGAGUAAACGGGAAAUGUCACUAAGGCCAAAACACCUUAUAGAGCACAGGUCAGGAUCAGGGGUAGGGAGGAAGACUUAAAGGGCCCCAGGGAGAUGGACAGUUCUGCUGGCCCAGAGGGUGGGGGACGACUGUGGGUUCAUGGCCCAAUGCUGCCCCCUCCCCCGCCCUCAAGAACCCCUGCUAGUGUGCUGAAAGCUCUGUGAUGUGGGCCUGGAACUCUGGUCUAGAAUGUGCACUGCAGUGCCCAGCUUCUCCGAGCGGGGACCACCCUCCUCGUCCGAGGGGCCUUCCUGCACCAUGGCUGAGCUCCAGUUUGACCUCCUGGGUCUUCCAAUCCCCGACUUCCUGUGUGGGCUCGGGAUCUUCUUUCUGUCCCUGUGCUACCUGAUGACGAGUCUGUGUUUCCCACUAUUUUGGAAACAGAGAGACAUCAAUCAGUGUCGGGGCAGAGUCAAGAGGAGGAGGAAAGGUGGAACAUACAGAGGUUGGAGAACAUGCCAGAGAGAAGCAGAAGAGAGAAGGAAGUUGCUUUCUAUGCUGGAAAGCCACCUGGGCCAGCAUCACGCCAUCAUUCACUUUCGUCACCUGCUAUGUCCAGACCCCCUCUGUGAGGUGUGUAAUAGAGCAAGUGCUAUGGUCCAUCGUCUGCUGCUUCCGGAGUGCCUGGAUGAUGCUUCCUCUGCUGCGUCUUCGUCUUCCACAUCUUCUGUGAUUGAGCCAUCGUUUCCUGUGACCUCCACUGUCUCUGCAGUCCCCUCAGGAGACGCAGUACCAGACACUUUAUCUGGGCCCUCUCCAGGCACCCCCUCCAUCAUCUCACCUAAGCCAGCCACCCCCUUAUCUGACUUUCUUUCACUCUCACCACUGGGUGACUCUGUGCCACCAGAGCCUAUUUCUCCCUUGAAUUUCAAGUCGCCAGAGGACCAUUUCUCAUCCCAACCACUUGCCAUUCCUGGCCCUCAAUCACAUGGUGAUAAGAGAACGGUUUCUAUUGUUCACGCAGAGGCUGCUUUGUCCAUGGUGAGUCACCCUGGCGAGUCAUCCACCUACAUCCCCACCACCAGCAGCACUGACGCUUCAAGUCUGGCUAUGUCAGGAUUAUCUCAGUGGCAGGCUCCUACCAGGAAUGUAAUAUUCCCCGGAUUACAACACGGAGACUUCCAGCAAGCGCAUGUUUCCCACCCUCCGCCCAGGACCUGUUUCUGUAGAGACUUUGAUACUACGAACAUGGAUGUCAGUAGCCUUUUUCUCCUUGGCCUUAACAUAAAGUCACUCUCAGAGACACAAACAGGAAAGGGAAUGGCUUUUGGGACUUUGGAAAAGAAAGAAAAUAUGAAAGAAACACUUUCAAGCCAAAUGGGGUCAGAACACCAUCUGACUUCUUCAGGCGACUCUUUGCUGCCUCUUGUGCAAGAGCAGGAUGCCACAGCCACCAAAAGCGGCUUGGGCACCGAAGGCAACCCAGCGCCACUGUGCCUCUGUCAGCAGCUCCUGUAUGUCAAGAACUUGGGGGAACACUUGAAGCAGAAGUACAGCCAGCUCUUCUGGGGUCUUCCUUCUCUGCACAGUGAGUCCCUGGUGGCCACUGUCCUGGUCUCUAGGAGCAGUUCUUCAUUUGAACAUCACUUUGUCUUAUUCAAUGGAAGCUGUAAUGCUUUCGCACUCCAAAUACAGGAGCAAAACCUUCCGCAUCUUCCUCAUGUCCACACCCUUCCCCUCACUAACCCACAUCACCAACAUUUUCCUCAAAGCAAGCUCCAACCACAGAUUCUAUCCCCAGCUCAUGUCCAUUCCCAUGCCCAAGUUCAGUGCCCUUUCACUCUACUGCCGUCAUCCUCACCCCAGAUCGAGGGCCACAGAGUAUCUUUCCAUAGACUACACAGAGGAGCUGAUUCUUUCAUCUCAAAUGAAAAUCAGCAGCUGGAAUGGCAUGGGUUUCAGAAACAAGAAAGUUUAUGGGAUUUAGUUCCUGGGCUCCAAAAAUGCCAAGAACUCCCUAGUUCUCCAGAUUCCAACUUUCCAUUGCUCAGGCAGCCCUCCCAGACUCCAGUAUCCGUUUUUCCUGACCAUUUUCAUAUCGACAGUGGACAUCAGGAGAGACUGGAGCUUCGUGUUCCAAAGAGGCUAACCCCAUGCUGUUGUGCCCAUGUCCACAGGAGUCAAGAAUUUCCAGCACUGACCGAACCUCAGUGCAACUCAACAGGAACAGUUCAGCAGAAUUUCAGACAUGCUCACCCUCAACUCUCUGAGCUUCAGUGCCACAGAAGCAAGGAUGCAGGUAACAUGGAAUUGCCAAUCCCAGGAAGUUUCCACGAGAGAGUCCACACAAGUUUUCAGCUGAGGAAGGACAUGGCAAAGAAUCUUGGAAAUAUCCUGGGAAGGUAUUCAUUAGACAACCCAGCAACAGUGUCUGAAUGCUACCCAGUGAAGACUCAGCAGGUUGUGUCUGAGACAAAAAAUGACUUGAUGAGAGACGACUCAACGAAUGAAUUACGAAGGGUCUCAAGGAGGGCCUUAUAUGAGAAUCAGAUGAAAAGCAUCCUCAGGUUACAUUUGAAAAGGAAGUUUUGGCAGAUAUCUGAGGGUAGGAUUCCUUUACUAGUGUGUUGCUCGUGGCUGGCUGGUGAUGAUUCAUUACCUCUUCCUCAGAGUUAUCAUGUCAGUAUGCAAAAUGGACAUUUGGCACCCGUGGUGCAUAGGACCUGCUACCAGAUUACCACUUUUGUGCUUUCCUUUCUUGAUCCCAAAACCCAACAGGUACUAGAAGCUCAUAUUAUAAGGUUUCAGCUAAACCAGAAGUGGGGCCUACCCUUGAAGGUUCUCGAAUCCAUAAAACUCUUUACAACGAGAGAAGCAAAAACAUGGGCGCUUCCACAAUUAGGCGUUCGCUUGUCUGCCACCCAUAUUCCUGGGAUGGCUACCAAGGCUAAUGGCUCUAAAUCCCUUGACAAAAGCUCCAAAUCUUUGCAUGGAGACAAGGUAGAAACAAAAAGCCCAGCUCCCGGGUUGAAUUUUUCUCUUCCUGCCACCUCCCCUGUGGGAAAGGAAGGGCAGGAGUACCUGAGACAAUCACCUGCUGACGCCAGCUGUGUGCUUUCAGGGAAGGAUGAGACAGUCGGAGAUGGCAGAGGGGCUUCUGGGCCCCUCUCUCACCGCAUCUUUGACAAAGCAAGUCAGAAACAGGCUGUAACAGUGAAACGCGAGGGCCCAGAGCAGCCCGCAGUGCAAGCUGAAGCUGGCUGUGAAUCACGAUGUGGGAAAGUGAGAUUCAGUGAUCACAGUGAGCGCGUAGACGUGCGUCAGGAAAAGAAGAUGCAGGAUGAGGAUUCCGAACACUUUUCCACAUCCAACAUGCACAGGGAAAUGUUCAAGGCCCGUGACUUACCCCUGUUUCCACUACAAGCUGGUGACAGCUUAACCAUCACCAAUGCCCAGAGGAAAACUGUGACUCCAAGUGCGGCGGACAUUCCCAGCACCAGUGAACACUCCCCACCAGGAAUCCCAGGCCCUGAAGAGCCUGCACUACAUUCCUGUAAGGAACAGCUGCUUAGGGAGCUGAAGCUUAAAUUUCAGAGUGGGGAUCAGAGCCAGAGUCAAGACUGUCCCAGUGAUGCAUCCAUUUUUCCAGACAGUGUGACUUCUGAUUCCUCACUGUCUGAUUCCUACAGUGUUUCCAGUAGUGAGAUGGCAGACUCCCAGGUGCUGCAUUUCCACUGGAAGAGCAAAGGGUCGGGCCUGGUGCCACAUCAGGAGCUCUGGGACCAUGAUCAUAUCCUAAGGGGGUGCCUGCGUAAGAACACCCCACCAGCGGAGAGGAGACUGUGCCCUAAGGGACUCACGGCAGGAGAGCGCAGAUGUGAGGACACAGGACUGGGGACAUCUAGAGCUGUAAGGAGGCGCCAUCUUGCUGAGGACGGGAAGUUAGAGGGGACGUUUGAGACCCUGUCACAGAGGGAACCACAUCCUCCUGAAAGCUACUUCAGAAGAAAGAUGAGACAGUUUUUUCAGUGGCUCAGUCCCAAGAGAAAUAGCCCAGGGCAGGAAAUCCCUGAGAAAGACAGAGCUCUCUUUAUGAGCUGUGGACCUCCUGAAGCCUAUGAGCUCAUGGCAGCCCUUGGAAAAAUUCUAGAGGACACUCUGGCCUGCAAGCGGGGACUCGAGGCCUUGCAGUUAAAUCAGCAGAAGGAGGACCUGCAGGCCCAGGCAGAACCCUGUAGGAGACAGCUCUCCCACUGUAGAGUGCCCUCUGACCUGUGGUGGGGAGAAAGGCCAUGUCCUCACUUUAACAACCAGGAAGCCGGCUAUCAUGGCUCAAGUUGUCCUACAAGAGCUCGACAGACAUCAGACAGGAUCAGGUGUCCCCAGAAAGUUGUGGCUUUCAAGGACCGGCAAUUAUUCUGUAGUCACCCCUGUUCCCAGCCUGCGGAGAACUGGUGACCUUUUCAAGCCUCACUCACAUGCAAGGACGCCAAGGCUUCCUGCUGCCCUCAUGCCUGCUGAGGGCACCUGGUUGAGAGAUUUCACUCUUCUAUGCAAACAGGAAAAAAGCUUGCACAGCACUUGUGGGAAGGCAGAAUUCUCCAAAAUUAACCCAGGUCUUGUUGGAAGAGCUGCAGAGAUGACAGUACAUCCUCACCUGAGAACAGUCUCUCCCCUUAGCAUAACAGAGAAUGGCUAUCUCCCCAUUAAACAUUUCUUUUAACAGACAGCCUGUUCUCUGUGUCCUGCACUGGGAGCAUGGGAUUUGUGAAUCUGAACUUGUACUUAGGGAAAGGAAGGAGUUAGCUUGGCUCUUGUUAUUGUGUGGUUUCCUUUUUGGCUUCUAAAGAUGAUCCAUCCUGUACCCAAGAGUCUGUCAAUGGCUGCCUCUGUCUUAUCCUGAGGCCUCUGUUUUGGUCAUUUUCUGAUGUUUUAAAUUUUAAACGCUUUAUUUUUCAUAAAAUGUGCAUAAUGUACUGUAAAACCUUCUAGUCUUUUCAAAGUUAGAAAAUCAAAGGUCUGAAACCAAUAAUUUAACUGCUUCCCCAGUCUCCUAAAUGAUUCACAGCUGUGGAGGAGAACAUUCUGGAAUAAUAGAGCCGCAAAUCCCUCUUGCUGUACCAGGAAGUCUGGGAAGUGGAGGCACGGGAACCUGUAGAAACUAAGGUCUGUGGUAGGGAGAAGUCCCCCUCCUGGGUUUCUUGGUGAUGGAUAAAUGCUUCCUGCCCCACAGACCCAGCCCUCUCUCCCUCACGAAAUGUGCAUCGAUGGGUCAUGUUCCCUUCCUUUGUGAGCACAUAAAAUGGGGAGUGGUUCACCAAGUCCCUUCUAUCUACAUUUUUUGAAGCAGUAUAGAGGACAGAAAAUGCAGCUUUGAAUGGGGCAACGAAUAGGAAUAAUUUCCUGAGAUGAGUGCUUGUUGUCAUUAAAAUGAUGGCUGAUUCUAGCAUGUCUCAAAGGCAGUGGUCACGGAGUGGGGCAUGUAUAGAUGGAUUUUUCUCUUGUGGACACUGUGUCAGCUGGGGUGGGGUCCAGGAACUGGGUGGGUGCUGCUGACAAAUCUGAAAGUUUGUCUGUCUGAGAAGCACACUUGGAGCUGGAGAACGAGGGGUGCUUGCUUGUUGGGGGAACAUAAGGCAAGGGAGGAGCCCACCCCAGGGGACCUCUUCAGGUUGCCUGGCUGAGAUCAAGAGGUCACCUGGCAUUCUCUUGUAGGAAUGGACAUUAGACAGCUAACUUGAAUUUAGGAAAGAGGAAGGUGUAAUGAUAGAGUGAUGGGACAAGGAAUACAACAAGGAGGAGAGGAAAGAUAGAGCCCAUCAUCCAGACAUGACCCCAUCCUGGCUGUUCCCUCCACUUGCUACUACCUUUCCAAGGCCUCACCUCUUCAGGCUCAUAAGGGCAGAAAGCCUGCCUGCCUGCCUACCUCCCUCCAGGUUUGUUUAUUUAUUCAAAUGGCAGAGAAGAGAAGAGAGAGAGUGCACGUGAGCUGCUUCACUCCCCAAAUGUCUGCAACAGCUGGAGGCUGGGUUAGGUUGAAGCCAGGAGCCAGGAGCUUCUUCUGGGUCCCAUGAGGGUGCAGGAGCCCAAGGACCUGGGCCAUCCUCUGCUGCUUUCCCAGGCUCAUUAGCAGGGAGCUGGAUCAGAAGUGGAGCAUCCAGACUUGAACCAGCAUCCAUAUGGGAUGCUGGCGCUGCAGGCAGUGGCUUAACCUUCUAUGCCACAGCGCUGGCCCCUUGUAAGGGCUUUCUGGAGCACAAUGAGUGCAUUUCCAUGUAAGAAGGUGAGGAUGCUGUUUGAUCAUGGGGAAACUGCAGAUAUGUUACUGAAGACCAUAUCUUCCUGUUUGGGGAAGGUAAACUUGGUCUCUGCCUUCCAAUCAUGCUAUAUCUUACAUGCUACAAAAUCACACUGAUUUGCAGUUGUGUGUGUUUUCUAUUGUUAUCAUUGGUACCUUAAAAUUGAAUGCCCUCCCCAAAUUUUUGAUUCACAAUUUUCUGGGUGAGGAAUCCAGACAUGACCCACUUGGGUUCUCUGCUUCUGGGUCUCUCCCCAGUGCUGCAAUAAAGAUGUCGGCUGUGGCCAGGGUCUCUGGAGGUUUAUCUGGGAAGGGAUAAAUGUGCCUGUUCAUUUUUUUGUGUGUCCGUGGGCAGGAUUACACUUCUCAAGGCCUGUUGGACUGAGGGCUUAAGUUCCUUGCAGGCUCCUGGCUGGAAUUACCUGGAGGUCACCCUCCAUUCUGGGCCCUGUGGGACUCUCCCAUGUUGCAGUUUCAUCAAAGAUGGGAAAAGAGAAAGAUUCCAAGCAUGACAGAAGCUAUAAAUCUUUUGUGAACCACAGUUAUAAGUAAUAUCCCAUAAUAUCUUCAUUAUUCCUCUUAUUAGGAGCAAAUUAAUAAGUCUUGAUGACAGGAGGAUGGAAAAUUACCAUGUGUGAGUGUCCAGAUGCAGGGUUAGUGGAGCCAUCUGAGAAGUCACCAGAACACUUCUUGGAUACCACAGUGAGCUCGCUGAAGCCAGCACUGCCAAAGGCAUCAAAUGGAUCUCUGUCCUCAUCCAUAACCAUGUCUUCAAGGUGACAGUUGAGUAAAGGGGUGGAUGGAAAGAAAGCCCCAGAGCUUGGAGUGUCUGAAGGACCAAAAAUUGGUGUUAAGGUAAAUGUGGGUGCGGGGCCAUCAUGAAUGGUCAAGACACAGGAGCCCUGGAACCACCUGGCCUAGCACUGCCUGAGUCAGACCUGGAGGGGAAGAGGAACUAGGGGCAACGUGGCUCGUGCUCACCCGAGUCUCUCUCCUGGGACUUCACUCCCAGACAGAAGGAAACAACCUUCAGCUACUGCUGGGAAAGCCAGGCUGAUAGAGAAAACCAGUCCAUAGCAUUCAAGAUUUAAUUUCUGCUCUUGUGAAUAUAUUCAAUACAGCAUAGCCCUCACUUCAACUUUGAUUCUCAGAGCUUGAACAUCCCAGAGGAUGAGUCAACUCGCUGGUGAAAAAAUAUAUUCGGAAGCAACUCAGAGCAUGCAACUUCCAUGCGGGAAUGUUUUCCAUGUACCUAUGGCCUGAAAUUCUAACCAAGGUAUAUUUGGUGGCAUAAAGAGGCCGAAUUACUGGCCAAAGGGUCAUAGAACAAGUCGUACCUGGUGCCCAUGUGCUUGCUUCCAUCAGAGAAGCAUUGGUUGAGGCAGUGAGACAGUAUUUUCACUCACAGAGCACACAGUGACCCAAUGACAGUGCGGCACAGCAAGUGAUCCCACUUGGUUAUGAAGCACAUUUCCCAGCACUGCCCUGUGGGAGGGGCUGUGCUGACAUGAAUGAGGGGGCAGUUUCCCCUGUGGUACCUGAGCUCUACUUAUUCAGCCAGUAUUACGCCUUCUGCAUUGGUGGCAGGAUCAUUUACCAACCUAUUUGUUUCCAUUUCUGCUCCACGUCAAUAAUGAUGUCAGAAACAAUCAGAAUUGAUUUUCCACUUCUGUUGUCCAGAAAAUUCCGGGUUUUUGGUCUCAGCAUUGUUAAUAACUUUAUUGUUUUCUCAACACAAACAGAAGCUUUGGAGCAUGCGAGAGACUCUCAUUUGGGAGAGUAAUUUGACUGGGUUUUCCUAGAUGGCAGAAGCUGGGAGGGUGACACAGAUGCCUGGUUUAAGAGGGAGAAUUGACUAAGGAUAGCAAUGGUUCCAAUACUUUGAGAAUAGGGUGAAAAGAUGGGUUGGUUGAAGGGAUCAAUUUUGUGUGGAAAUACUCUAGGAUACAGUACGAUCAAUAAAAGGACAAAGUGAUGUUUGUUGAGAUGACUAAACUUCAAGCAAGUCGGCUUGAGGGGUGCCGUGAAACAUUGCAUUGCCUGUGUUUAGCACCUCUGUUUGCUCAAGGAAUGACUGAUGCUGUUAUGCUCCUACCUUUGAAAUGGCUUCUCACAGGAGAUGCUGAAUCCUGGUGAUGCCUCUGCCGCCCAAACUGCUCUAAAGCAUGGGCACUGGGCUGCACCUGCUCUGAACAGCUAAUGGAAUUUGAUAGUGAGGAUUAUAGCACCCAGAAUAGCACUAAUUAGAUGACUAUUGAGGCUUCAUUUUGCACUGGUUGCAUGCUCUUGCACAUGGAAUCUAUCCUAAGUCAUGAAUUUCAUCUGUUAAUGUUGAGGGAUACUAAUACCCACUAAUUGGGAUGACCCUGAGAACUGGAAAGGACAGUGAAGAGGUUUGUCCACUCAAGGGCCAAAGUUGAGGAAUGGGCUGAGGGCCCUGACAUGGUUACUGUUUGGGCUGUGCCAGUCCUCAGAGAGCCCAGUGUCUUGGAAAUGCCCACACUGGACAGAAGACAGUGUAAGCCAUCAAAUGCCAACGCAGACACCAUAGUAAGGAAGCAUCCUCCCUAGUUCUCUGCAGGAUCAGUUGUAACUGGAAGAAUGCUCACUAGCCACUCACUCUCAGAGGAGUCAACAUGUGCUUUUUCCCCUUCCCCAGUGUACACAGCAGUGAAUUUAGUAAUAACAGUUGAUGGGAAUCAGGGUAAAGGCUUAUCAGAGCACUGUUCUAGAAGCCAGAAAUGAAGUCUAUUCUUGGUUGUGGAAAUUGUGGAAUCAGAACCUCUAGUUAGGCCCCUUGAGAUGUAGGAUAGCAAUACCAGGUGCUCUGCGGUCAACUACUUUUGAUUUUACAUGUGUCAUUAUAGUCACAUGUUUACUGGGAUCUACUAUGUGCUUGUGCUCCCUAUUAGAUAGGAGCUAUAUAUUUAUAUUCAUAAGAUAUGGGAGGGAAUGCAUUUGUGACUGUUUUCUUUUAAAAAUAGUGUCUAGCAAAUUCAAAGGACAUGGAAAAGUAAA